CUCACAGUGGAUGAUGCGGUUGUGCGGACCUGAUAGACCAGAGUGAUUACUCACAAAGCUUCAUGCUUCAAUCAUGGAAAAUGAGAUUAUUUAAGCAUUUUUAAAUGGAUAUUGAAGUCUUAAAUUAGGUCACCAAGGACGCGUAAAUUCUUGGCACCGUGCGUAAAAACGUGGAAUUGUUUGGAUAAUGAAUACAAAGCAACAAACAGGACUAUUUUCCGGAAAAUCAUUUCUUGAUUUCUAUAGGCAGUAUUAAGAAGUGAUAGUUAAAUCUGCAAGCACAUUUAGGUAAGCUACAGUGUGCCGCUCCCUGAUUCAGCACCGGAUGGCUCACCGACUUAAUGCGCGGACAGGCUGUGGGAGCGCGGAAACAAGAGGUUCAUUGCAGGGUGAGAGCGAGUAAGCAGAGCUAAAGUGUAAAGAGUGAUACAUGCAGAGCUUUAGGAGAAAAUCAGUAAAGUUAUUCAGCCAGAGUACCGUCAUACUCACACCCCGCCCACAGAUGUAAACGCAACUAUACGGACAGUAGUGGUGAAGUUGUCCUGAUAUGCCUCCCAGCUGCGAAGAUGACAGAUUUUGCUCACAAAUCACGGUUUCAAGGUAACGUUUUGACAGCGGACGGAAACACCUCGGUGCUCUCCAGUGAAGUUGGACUGUUUACCAGCAGAGUGCAAAAUGGGACACAACCACCUGUUCUCUGUGAGGACCGCUUUCCUCUGCUCACUACUCUUGUGUCAGUCAGUUCUUUGUCACGAGAAGACCCACUCUCACGCUGAGGAUGAGCUCUUCAAGACGCUGUUCGCAGGUUACAACAAGUGGUCGAGGCCCGUGCCGAACAUCUCCGAUGUGGUCAUCGUCAAGUUCGGACUGUCCAUAGCACAGCUCAUUGAUGUGGAUGAGAAGAACCAAAUGAUGACAACCAACGUGUGGCUUAAACAGGAGUGGAAUGACUACAAACUUCGCUGGAAACCGUCUGAAUACGACAAUGUGACGUCAAUAAGAGUGCCGUCAGAGCUGAUAUGGGUGCCAGACAUCGUCCUCUACAACAACGCUGACGGAGAGUUUGCCGUGACCCACAUGACGAAGGCUCACCUAUUCUACAACGGGAAAGUGCGCUGGGUCCCUCCUGCCAUUUACAAGAGCUCCUGCAGCAUCGACGUCACCUUCUUCCCCUUCGAUCAGCAGAACUGUAAGAUGAAAUUUGGCUCCUGGACGUACGACAAGGCCAAGAUUGACCUGGAGAGAACUGAAAACACUGUGGACUUGAACAACUACUGGGAGAGCGGCGAAUGGGCCAUCAUCAACGCCGUGGGGACAUACAAUACAAAGAAAUAUGACUGCUGCCAUGAGAUCUACCCAGACAUCACCUACUUCUUCAUCAUUCGGAGGCUUCCCUUGUUUUACACCAUCAACCUCAUCAUCCCCUGUUUGCUCAUCUCUUGUCUCACUGUUCUGGUUUUCUAUCUGCCCUCAGACUGUGGCGAGAAGAUCACGCUUUGCAUCUCCGUGCUGCUGUCCCUCACUGUCUUCCUCCUCCUUAUAACUGAGAUCAUACCGUCCACAUCCCUCGUCAUCCCGCUUAUCGGCGAGUACCUCCUUUUCACUAUGAUUUUCGUCACCCUGUCCAUUGUCAUCACCGUCUUUGUGCUCAACGUGCACCACCGCUCUCCCAGCACUCACAAGAUGCCCCGCUGGGUCCACUCCGUGUUCCUGGACCUGAUCCCACGCUGGCUGUUCAUGCGACGGCCCGCGCCAGAUGGCCGGCGACGGAGGCUGCUGCUGCUGCAGCAGGAAGCGGCGCUGGAGCGGCGGCAGGGCCGGAUAGCCGGGUACAAAUCUGGCAACUGCAUCAGCACCUCGGCGAACUGGUUAAGAGACGGGACCACGACAGAAGACCCAGAGAGAAGCUCUUAUGAGGAUUUAGAGCUGGGAACACUGACGUCAUAUUUUUCCUUCCGCCCUCCUUCGCCAAGACCUCCAGGGUCGACCCCCCCGCCGCAGCAGAAAACCAGCCAGAGCCGGCAGGAGGGGGCUGCAGGGACAAACAGACAUUUAGCAGGGGUCAGGGUCAAUCCCACUCAGAGGCCGGCUAAAGUUGAUAACACAGACUCAACAUUCCUGCUUUCACCAAGUGUUAUACGCGCUCUGGAAGGGGUGCACUACAUCGCAGACCAUCUGAGGGCUGAGGAUGCCGACUUCAGCGUGAAAGAGGAUUGGAAAUAUGUGGCCAUGGUGAUUGACCGCAUCUUCCUGUGGAUGUUCAUUAUCGUGUGCCUGCUCGGGACCAUUGGACUCUUCCUACCCCCUUGGCUAGCCGGCAUGAUCUAGCUUGUGUGAAAAGAAUCCAUAA